CCGGACUUCCGUGUCGUCGGCGUGAUGACGUAGUUGUCCCAUCCCUCAGUGUCGGGUCAGAGAACCGGGCAGAAACGCGGAGGAGGCGGCGGAGGUGCGCUUGGUGAAAACACGAACAGCAUCAUGAGUCAGCGCACGGAGCGACGGGGGAUACACGUGGACCAAUCAGACCUGCUGUGCAAAAAGGGAUGCGGUUACUAUGGCAACGCAGCCUGGCAGGGCCUGUGCUCCAAGUGCUGGAGGGAGGAGUACCAGCGGGUACGGCAGAAGCAGAUCCAGGACGACUGGGCACUGGCAGAAAAGCUGCAACGAGAGGAGGAGGCAGCGUAUGCCAGUAGUCACGGCGUGCAGACCCAGUCCACAGCCCCACAGCAGCCCGGGCAUGCCUCUCUGGGCCCCUUCUCCAAGUUUGAGGAGAAGAAAACCAAUGAAAAGACUCGGAAAGUGACAACUGUUAAGAAGUUCUUCAGCCCUUCAUCGCGAACUGCUUCCAAAAAAGAAACCCAAGAGGGCAAGACCAGUCCGUCCAUCAGCCGCCAUGCCAGCUUCGAUACGGACCAAGUGUCCAAAGACUUUGUGGACUUCCUGAAAAACCUCCAGAAGCCCGGCCGGGAGAUCCACAAGCAGUGCAGAGCCUUCCUUGUGAACAUGUCAAGCAAGAAGCAGGACCUGAGUGCUGAUGAGCAGUCGGAGUGCGUUCAGGAUUUCUACCAGAAUAUGGCUGACCGCUUGCUGACUCACUUUAAAGGCUCCUCCGAGUCCGUGGAGCAGGUGAUGGACCAAGUGGAAAAGUACAUCAUGACUCGUCUGUAUAAGAGCGUCUUCUGUCCAGAAACCACUGAUGAUGAGAAGAAAGACUUGGCCACACAGAACAGGAUAAGGGCUUUGCACUGGGUGACUAUCCAGAUGCUCUGUGUGUCCAUGGAUGAAGAAAUCCCUGAAGUCUCUGAGAAUGUGGUCAAAGCAAUAACAGAUAUCAUUGAGAUGGACUCAAAGAGGGUUCCUCGGGACAAACUAGCCUGCAUCACACGCUGCAGUAAACACAUCUUCAGUGCUAUCAGGAUCACCAAGAACGAGCCGGCAUCCGCGGACGACUUCCUCCCCGCGCUCAUUUACAUCGUGUUGAAGGCUAAUCCUCCGCGACUUCAGUCCAACAUCCAGUACAUCACCCGGUUCUGUAACCCCAGCAGGCUGAUGACCGGAGAGGAUGGAUACUACUUCACCAACUUGUGCUGUGCAGCUGCCUUCAUCGAGAAGUUGGACGCUCAGUCUCUCAAUCUUUCCCCGGAGGAGUUUGAGCGUUACAUGUCAGGCCAAGCUUCGCCAAGAUUCAGCAGCGCAGAGGGCGAGUGGCCCCACACCGGUCCAGGACUUGGCACGGCUGCCACCAACCCUGUCCUGGCCCAGCUCAACCACAAUCUGGAGCAGCUUUCAAUUCUCAGCAGCCGGCAGGAGAAGGUGAUGGAGGCCGCUCAGACCCUCCAGGCUGACAUGCUCUCCUGGACCAACAGUGUUCAGCGGGAGGUGAACGACAUCCUGGAGAAAUAUCCGCUGACCUGCACGGUUUCUGCCAUCGAUGCCAACAACAUGGACAACGACAACCUGCCACCACCGCUGACACCCCAGGUGUUCGCAGGGUAGUUACGAUAGAGGGAGAAAAAGCACUUCACAUGCUGCAAGGGUACUUUAUUUAGAAAUAAAUGGGAGAGUCGUAGUAGCUCCUACACCUUUAAGGUCCAGUUAUACAACAUUUAAAAUUUCACUGUGAAGUCAUUUCAAGAGAAAAAGAGAGAAGGGCGAGCUGCAGGGAGAUGCUGUUUUUAUUUGAUGAUGAUGAUGAUGAUGAUGAUGAUGAUGAUUAUUGCCUUUUGGGUUACAGUUUUGAAAAAAACCCACUCCACAUACAGUUGUUACUAAGAGAGACCUGAGCUAUCGUGUGUUUUUUCUGGGCAUUUUACAUGAAGGUUUAUGAGGACAGUCUCUAUUUACGUGCCACCCUCAAGUGGCCAUUUAAGGAAUGUGUGAACUUUUGGCACCUCUGUUUUAGAUUUUAGCUACAGAAGGUUUCUGUGGUUAUGCUGCACAAUUUACAAUUUAGAGAAAAAAAUAAGAAUUUUUCAGAAGAAAGUUCAAAAUUUCUGAGAAAAAUUUGGCAAAUCUAUGAGGGAAAAAAUGGGGAAAAAACUGGCAAAUGUACAACAAAAUAACACCAAAUUUACCAGAAAGAAAGAAAAUUUGCAUUUUUUUUUUUUUUUUUAGAAAUAAAUGGUCAAUUUACAAAGAAAUAGCAAAUUCAUGACAAAAAAAAACAAAUAAAUUUAUGAGAAGAUAACUGGGGAAUUUAUGAGGAAAGAAAUAGGCAAGUCUGAAAAGAUCAGAAAAAAACUGACGUUUGCAAGAAAAAACACAAAAUUUACCAGAAAAAAUAAAAGAUUUUUGAGAAGGUUUGUUUUCUGUCUGUUGAAUUUUUGUUGGUGUUGCUUCACAGAUUCUGGCACAGAACAGGAAGAGGAAGUGUGAACGUCUGAAGGCCUAAAGAUCAAUGUUUUAGUCUGAGGCCAGUUUGAUAUUUUUGUUGUAAUUAAUGUUUCAAAAUUGUACUGUAUUUCUUUUUUUUUUUUUUUUUAGAUUUACAGCAUUUCAACUGGUUUUUUGCACCACAUAUCAACCUCUAUAACAAAUCACUGCAAAGAUACACGUUAUGUGACAAAAAUACUAAGAAUAAUGUGUUUUAAAUAUUGAUUUUUGCCUUUUGUGUACUGUAUAUUGUUAACACAGUCCGGUGUCUGCCACUUUAAACUACUCCUGGUUCUUUUUCUGUGUUUAUUUAUUGACUGAGGGUCUUUUCAUUAUUGUCAAAUAUCAAUAACACUGGUUUUAUUUCAGUGACCAGCAAAAGCCUGUAAAAAUGUGUGAGUACUGUAAAGUCACCCGGCUGUAGAGAGCAGCUCCAUUUGCCAUGUGUGGUUUGUUUAAUCCUGAGUAGGAACCACUUGAUCUUAAAAAGGUUUUUGUUGUAUAUUUUUAUGUUUCUGUGCCACAGAACGCUAAUGUUGGCUAUCAUGUUAUCAAAAAAAGAAAUAACAGAGCACCAAAUGUGUAUGAAGCCACAGCUGAAAGUAGUCCUCUGCAGUUCCACCAUUCACUCCACGCUACAGCGCAUGGCUGUUAAUGGAGAUUUAAUAUGUUUGUGAUUUCAGUUUUUUUCUCUGAUUUAUGCCUUAAGAUGUAAUUGAAAUAUUGUGAGUGUGUACAAUAAAAAAAAAAAUACUGAAAUCUGUCAAACUGAUAUGAGGAAAAAAUGAAUAAAUCUGGAAUAAGUUAUGAAGCUAAUUUUAUCUGAUAUUUAACUACAAUUUUAACUGAAUUAACAGUUAAUACUGGUUGAAGAUUGGUGUGAUGGAUGAUGCUGAUUUUUUUUUGAAAAAUUAUAUAAUAAUGAGUGGUUUUUGAGAGAGAAAUAAAGAGAAGGAAAAAUAAA